AUGAGGACUUACCAUUGCCUACCACUAUUCAUCUGGACCUAUAUGUUUUAUGCAGUUGAUGCUAUCCCAUUACAAGAAAAAGCUAACAGUGGUUUGCCAAGCAAAAGGAUGAUGAGUUUGACAAAAGAUGAUGGUAAAAUGCUACAUCGCACCAAGCGUGGCUGGAUGUGGAAUCAGUUCUUUUUGUUGGAAGAGUACACAGGUACAGAUACACAAUAUGUGGGCAAGCUUCACACUGACCAAGAUAAAGGAGAUGGAAAUUUAAAGUACAUAUUAACAGGAGAUGGGGCUGGCAGUAUAUUCGUUAUAGAUGAAAAUACAGGAGAUAUUCAUGCCGCAAAGAAAUUAGACAGAGAAGAAAAAUCCCUGUACAUUCUUCGUGCCAAGGCUAUAGACAGAAAGACUGGACGGCAGGUGGAACCUGAAUCUGAAUUUAUCAUUAAAAUCCAUGAUAUCAAUGACAAUGAACCAAAAUUCACAAAAGACUUAUACACUGCCAGUGUUCCUGAAAUGUCUGGAGUAGGUACGUCUGUAAUACAAGUGACUGCAACUGAUGCGGAUGAUGCCAACUAUGGAAAUAGUGCCAAAGUGGUCUACAGCAUAUUGCAAGGACAGCCAUAUUUCUCAGUGGACCCAGAAUCAGGUAUAAUAAAAACCGCAUUACCAGACAUGAGCAGAGAAAACAGAGAGAAGUACCAAGUGGUUAUACAAGCCAAAGACAUGGGCGGCCAGAUGGGAGGCCUUUCUGGAACCACCACAGUGCACAUCACUCUGACGGAUGUCAACAACAACCCGCCUCGAUUUCCCCAGAGUACGUAUCAAUUUAAUUCUCCCGAGUCUGUCCCUCUUGGAACACAUCUUGGAAGGAUAAAAGCCAAUGACCCCGAUGUGGGGGAAAAUGCUGAGAUGGAAUACAGCAUUGCUGAAGGAGACGGAGCUGACAUGUUCGAUGUCAUCACUGACAAGGAUACACAGGAAGGGAUUAUAACUGUCAAACAGAAUUUAGAUUUUGAAAACAAAAUGCUAUACACUUUAAGAGUGGAUGCAAGUAACACACACCCGGAUCCACGAUUCCUACACCUGGGACCUUUCAAAGACACAGCUGUGGUCAAAAUAUCUGUGGAAGAUAUAGAUGAGCCUCCUGUGUUCAGUAAAAUCUCUUACCUGAUAGAGGUCGAUGAAGAUGUAAAGGAGGGCAGCAUCAUUGGACAAGUUACAGCAUAUGACCCAGAUGCCACGAACAAUUUCAUACAAUACUCUGUUGAUCGGCACACUGAUAUGGACCGGAUUUUCAGUAUCCACCCAGAAAAUGGCUCUAUUUUCACUUUAAAACCCCUUGACCGGGAAUCAUCUCCAUGGCACAACAUCACCAUUAUAGCCACAGAAAUAAAUAACUCAAAACAAAGUAGCCACAUUCCUGUCUUCAUCAGAAUUCUAGAUAUAAAUGACCAUGCUCCGGAAUUUGCCAUGUACUAUGAAACAUUUGUUUGUGAAAAUGCAAAACCUGGGCAGUUGAUUCAGACUGUCAGUGUCAUGGACAAAGAUGACCCUCCCCGAGGCCACAAAUUCUUCUUUGAACCAGUGCCAGAGUUUCCCCUCAACCCAAACUUCACCAUUGUCGAUAACAAAGAUAACACAGCAGGAAUCAUGACUCGAAAAGAUGGGUACAGCCGCCACAAAAUGAGCACCUACCUACUCCCCAUUUUAAUCUUUGACAACGACUACCCGAUCCAAAGCAGCACCGGCACCCUCACGAUCCGCGUGUGCGCCUGCGACCAGCAAGGGAACAUGCAGUCGUGCAGCGCGCAGGCCUUGGUCCUCUCGGCGGGGCUGAGCACCGGGGCCCUGGUUGCCAUCCUGCUCUGUGUCAUCAUACUGCUCGUUUUAGUUGUGCUGUUUGCUGCAUUGAAGAGGCAAAGAAAAAAGGAACCUCUGAUAAUUUCAAAAGAUGAUGUCCGGGACAACAUCGUGACCUACAAUGACGAAGGCGGCGGGGAAGAAGAUACACAAGCUUUUGAUAUUGGCACAUUAAGGAACCCAGAAGCAAGAGAAGAUAGUAAACUUAGAAGGGAUGUAAUGCCAGAAACUAUUUUUCAGAUAAGGAGGACUGUGCCUCUGUGGGAAAAUAUUGAUGUACAAGAUUUUAUCCAUCGAAGAUUAAAAGAAAAUGACUCAGACCCCAGUGCACCUCCUUACGAUUCCCUGGCUACUUAUGCCUAUGAAGGGAAUGACUCCAUAGCAGAUUCACUCAGUUCUUUAGAAUCGCUCACAGCAGAUUGUAACCAAGAUUAUGAUUACCUCAGCGACUGGGGACCUCGGUUUAAAAAACUGGCUGAUAUGUAUGGGGGUGAUGAGAGUGACCAAGAAUAG